AUGCUCAGUGGGCGGGGUGGAAGCUCUUUACCCUCCUGACUCCCUGCUGCUCCGUCCAUUCUGCUUCAUGUCAGUUCUGUUUCUACUGAGUUCAGGACCUACAAGUGCAUACCCUGCAGUUCUAAAAGCUUUUCUCUGAACACUACAGAGGAGUGGCUAUUUUCCAUUUGUUUGUAUUGCACUUCAAGAAAUAACAAUAUGCCAUUGUCACGUUCCCUGUCCAUUACAUCCCUGAGUGGGCUGUUACCAGCCUGGGAGGACGAUGAGCUGCCGGUGGAAGACCUGAUGCUUUUUGAAGUGGCAUGGGAGGUCACCAACAAAGUUGGAGGAAUUUACACUGUCAUCCAGUCUAAAGCUAAGGUCACAGUGGAUGAAUGGGGAGAGAACUAUUACAUGAUGGGACCAUACUUUGAACACAACUUCAAGACACAAGUGGAAGGCUGUGUACCACCCAACCCACUGAUCCAGAAGGCAAUGGAUGCUCUUAUCAACAAUGGAUGCCAGGUUCAUUUUGGUCGCUGGCUGAUUGAGGGCAGCCCUUAUGUUAUCCUGUUUGACAUCGGCUCAGCAGCCUGGAACCUGGACCGAUGGAAGGGGGACCUGUGGGAGACCUGCCACAUUGGUCUUCCGUAUCACGACCGAGAGGCUAAUGACUCUCUCAUUCUGGGCUCCUUGAUUGCCUGGUUCUUUAAAGAGCUAACAGACCACCUUGGAGACAAACCCAAUGUCAUCAGUCACUUCCAUGAGUGGCAGGCAGGUCCUGGGCUUAUUCUCUCUCGCUCCCGUAACAUUCCUAUGGCAACAGUUUUUACUACUCAUGCCACACUGCUUGGAAGAUAUCUUUGUGCUGGGAAUGUUGACUUUUACAACAACUUGGAUAAGUUCAAUAUUGACAAGGAGGCAGGAGAGAGGCAGAUCUACCAUCGGUACUGCCUGGAGCGAGCAGCGGUGCAUUGCGCUCACGUCUUCACCACAGUGUCCCAGAUCACAGCAGUGGAGGCCAAACACAUGUUGCACAGGAAGCCAGAUGUGGUGACUCCAAAUGGGCUGAAUGUGAAAAAAUUCUCAGCCAUGCAUGAGUUUCAGAACUUGCACUCCACUAACAAGACUCGCAUCCAGGAGUUUGUUAGAGGACACUUUUAUGGACAUCUUGACUUCAACUUGGACAAAACCCUGUUCUUUUUCAUUGCUGGGAGAUAUGAAUUCUCCAACAAAGGAGCCGACAUUUUUCUUGAAUCGCUGUCUAGACUCAACUACUUGCUGCGGGUCCACAGAAAUGACUUGACUGUGGUGGUUUUCUUCAUAAUGCCAGCCAAAACAAACAACUUCAAUGUGGAGUCACUGAAGGGGCAGGCAGUGCGCAAACAGCUCUGGGACACGGCUCACACGGUGAAGGAGAGGUUUGGUAAAAAGCUUUAUGAAUCUUUGCUGACAGGAAACAUCCCAGACAUGAACACCAUUCUGGACAGAGAUGACUUGACGAUUAUGAAGAGAGCUAUUUAUGCUACACAGAGGCACAGUCUUCCUCCAGUGACCACUCACAAUAUGCUGGACGACUCUGAAGAUCCAAUCCUGUUCAACGUCAGACGCAUCGGUCUCUUCAAUUCCAGAAACGACCGAGUCAAGUUCAUCGUUCCAGUUGCUACCUGA